UAAUACUCACGAUUCCAAGAAGUCAUGAAUGUCAUGAAUACUAAUAACACAUGUAAAAGGAGGUGGUCAUUGAACUGGAGAGAGGAGCUAGAGAUGGAGGAAAGAAGAAUAGUUCAUGAAACAAGCAGUGUUCAUGGAAUAAGCAGUGUUCAUGAAAUAAGCAGGAAAAAAGAAUUGGCUAAAAAGAUACUCAAGAAUGCAACAAUAUUUGUCUGCCAAUUAUUUCCCUGUAUUCUGUCUCCUGUUGUAUUGUUUUUGACACAGGAUCAACAGGAUGGAGGUUUGGAUGGUAGAACAGCACAAGAAGAUAUUAGUAAGAACAAAAAAGGAAAGAACAAAUCAAAAGUGAGAAUUAAACCUAUUUCUACAGAUGAUAAAGUAAAUCCUGAUUUUGAAGAAUCAACACUAAAUGAGCCUCAAGAAGAACUAGAAGAACUAAUCCAGGGGGAAGUACAUGAGAAAAGAAAACAAAGGCAACCAAAUGGGCAGAUGUUUAUAGAAUAUCAGGUUGGCCAAAGGGUGCAUGCUCAAUUGGAGGAAGAAAUAUUAAAGCGUAAGCAACAAAAGGAAAAAGAAGAAAAGACAAAGAGGCUAAAGGCCGAGAAAGAGGAACAAAGGAAAAGAUAUGAAGAGGAACAAAGGAAAAGAUAUGAAGAGGAACAAAGGAAAAGAUACGAGAAGCGUAUAGAGCUGAAAAAAGAAUUAAAAGAUAAAGAAGCUAAACUUAAAGAACUUAAAAGUGAAAAGGAAACGCUAAAACAAAAUUAUAAAAAAAAGCUUCCUGAUUAUACCGACGCACUGAAGAAACUGAGAACCUUUUCUGAAGCAGAGGAUACUUACCGUCUCAUUAUUGAACAAUUGGUAAAUGAUGUGGUAGAAAAGGAGCUUGAAACACUACUGACUGCACCAGUUGUAGAGAGAGAAGGUUGCAAUGCAAUUGUAACAAGUGGUGAUAGAGACCAAUAUGGAGCAUAUGGUCUCCUUCUUAGUGCUUACAAAAUACUUCACCCUUCACUGCCUGAUGACAAAACUGAAGAUGAUAGUGAUAAAAGUAAAGCUGAUGAGCUUAGUGAAGAUACUAUUACAAAGGCUUGUACAAAAGUAGCUGUCCAAUUAGAAGGAGAGAUGAAGGAAAAAGCAGCAACAAAUGUCAAAAAAUCAAUAAAGCUAACUCAAGAAAUGCUGUUUCUUAUACCCCCAUUGGUGGUUGGUUCAGAAGAAAUGGGUGAUAGCUACCAUGAAGAUCUUUGUGACACAAACAGAAAGACAUGGGAUGAGAAAAAAGAAGGGGAUCAGUUGCUGUGGUAUAGACCUGUUCUUACAUAUGGCAACCAGUUACACAUUGCUGCUAAAGGACUAGUAGGAAAUUGUACUGAGCCAAUACCAGAGGAAGAAAAAGAAGAAGAGAUACAAACUGAUACUGAUACUAAUGAAGGAGUAUCAGUGUCUCCAGAAAUAACAGUGCAUGCUGAUCCAGAAGAAACAUCACAUACAAAUGAUGAAUCGCAAGACGAUAAAGAUACAAAUGAUGAAUCACAAGACUAUAAUAAAGAAACAGUGAUUUGAAUUCUUAAACUUUAGUAUAUACUUC